CAUUAUAUUAUUUCUUUUUUUUUUCUUUUUUUUUCGUUGCUUAUUUUAUAAGGGAAAAAGGUAGGAGAGCAAGGGAUGAUUAAAACAAAAGGUUUAGCAGAAAAAUAAACUUUGUUAAAAGCAUAUUUAUACCAUAAAGAAAGGAGAGAUUUUUUUUUCCUUUUUAUUUUUUUCCGGGGUUCAGAAAGACAAUAGAGGAAAAGACAGAAAGUGCAACCUCAGAGUUUAGCCGUAGGGUUCCUUGCGUUUGUGGUUUUGUGGGUAUUGUUUUUGGACUGGCUUUGAGGAUUACAGAGGAAAAACUAAGAUCUAUUACAUGCCCAAAUGAUGCAACUUUAGGGAGUAGUACUACUACAACAUCAAGAAAUUGCAUGUUCUUACAAAAAAUAAAUAAAAAAAAGAUGAUGCUAUUCCAACACCAACAACCACCACAAGCAGAUGAAAACAUGUCUAAUUUGACCUCAGCAUCCGGUGAAGCAAGCGUUUCUUCCGGCAACAAAAACGAAAUCGGCAACAACAACAACAACUAUCCUCAACAAUAUUUUUCCCCAGUACAAGCUCAAACUCAACAGCCGCCCAAAAAGAAGAGAAAUCUCCCAGGAAACCCAGACCCAGAUGCAGAAGUAAUUGCCUUGUCCCCCAAGUCUCUCUUGGCCACAAACAGAUUCAUUUGCGAGAUCUGCAAUAAGGGGUUUCAGAGAGACCAGAAUCUGCAGCUCCACAGAAGAGGGCACAAUCUGCCAUGGAAGCUGAAGCAAAGAGCAAGCAAAGAGGUGAAGAAGAAGGUUUAUGUUUGCCCGGAAGCGAGCUGCGUCCACCAUGACCCGGCGAGGGCGCUCGGGGACUUGACCGGAGUCAAGAAGCAUUUUUGCAGAAAACAUGGAGAAAAGAAGUGGAAAUGCGACAAGUGCUCAAAGCGUUACGCUGUUCAAUCCGAUUGGAAAGCUCAUUCCAAGACCUGUGGCACUAGGGAGUACAGAUGUGACUGUGGAACCCUUUUCUCAAGGAGGGACAGUUUCAUAACCCACAGAGCCUUCUGCGACGCUUUGGCAGAGGAGAGCGUAAGAGCCAUGACAACAAAUAACCCAGCUGGCCCAGUAGUACUACUCAAUAAUCCCAACUCUUCUUCCUCAACAUUAUCUCAUCAUCACAUGAUUAAUCUCCAACAAACCCAAUUAGACAACCUCAAUGCCUUCUCACUCAAAAAACAGCACCAAGACUUUUCCUCCUCCACCGCCGCCGUAACCGCGACCACCUUGCCGCCGUGGCUGGGCCCAGCCCAGAUAGACCUCUCCUCCUCAUCACCAUCAAUCUUUUCCAACACAAGGAGUGCUAUUACUACAACGCUCGAUCAUCAUCAUGAAGAUUUCACAAUAUCAAACCCUAACCCUAGCCCGCUGGGCCCGGCCGCAAAUCUCCCGGCUACGACAUUCCAGACCUUGCAGUCUCCGCCGCCGCCGCCGUCGGCUCACAUGUCGGCCACGGCGCUGCUGCAGAAGGCAGCCCAAAUGGGCGCCACAAUGAGCGGCAGCAAGGCCACCGUCGCGUGUAGGCCCCACCAAGCUCACGUGUCGUCUCCUUCUUCUGCAGCUGUCACCACUAACAGUAGUACUACUGCAACUGGCCUGAACUUGUCCUCAUCACGUGAUCAUCAUCAGCAUUAUCAGAAGGAUCAGACGGUCACCCAUGCCCUGGCUCCAAACUCGUUUCUUCAGGACAUGAUGAUGAGCUCUUUGCCAUCUGUAAAUGGUGGUAAUACUACUGGUCGUGGAGAUAAUGGUGGUAGUGGUGAGGGUUUGACAAGAGAUUUCUUAGGGCUAAGAGCAUUUUCUCACAGUGAUAUUCUCAGUAUAGCUGGUCUUGGAAACGGUAUCAAUAUUUCUCGUGAUCAUCAAAGUAAUCAGCCCCAGAAACCUUGGUAAGAUUAUUUAUCAAGUUUAAAGUUCCUAAGUUCCUAUAUGUGCAGGGAAGGAACCGGCUCUUUUUUACUUUGGUUUUUACUUUUCGUAACGAAUAUAUAAUUUUAACUCUAUUUAUAAUUUUUUUGUUUUGAUCUUGCAUUGGUUUCCAAUCUUCCCGAAGGGAAGGAGUCAAGACCUCUAAAAUUUCUCAUAUUCCAAUGCCUUCUGUAGUUACCAGUUACUUUUUUUUUAAAUAUAUAUUAGCUUUUG